CUUGAAUCGUCGACAUCAUUCCUUUGUGCUGCUGUUUCAUAGCUGCUUCUUGUACCGCGAAAGAUUAAUAUUGCUCAACAUGCGACAUUGGGACCAACUUCCUGCCUCUAGCGCCGCCGUUUCGACUGUAUGACGGCACCCUCUACUGGAGAACCCAGAUAUAGAAUUGCCGGAAGAAAUACCGACGCCGGUGGGCGAGGACUCGUUUAUGUAUAAAAGGAUACGGAUCAGUAUUCCAUCUAGUCACCCUUGACCCCCAAUUGAGUUCUCGAGUGAUACCCUUCCUCUGGAUUCCAUACCGCUUCUAUUACUCCCGCAAGCGCUGUAUCUUUCGAUAUGUUUAAGUUCCUGCGUCGCAAAGCGAAGGGGCGCAAAACAAAUACAGGAGUCCAAGGAUUCAGAGGGCCUGGCGGCCUCAUGCCCAACCUUUUUCCAGUUCGUAAAGCCUCAUCCAAUGGCCUUGGGCUCGACCCCAGAAGCCUUCAGAUAGCAACUCCCGGGGCGCCCUCAUCCUCUCUUGACGCAUCUCCCCAGACAAUUCCCCUAGCAGCAUUUCCUUCGCCUCUACCAGAUUCCCCUACCAAGAUCACGUCCAUAUCGGACAUCGUCUUCGACAAUGCUGCUUUCGACGCCCUCCUUGAUUCGAGGAAUGGGGGCAACUAGUAGGCAUUACCGUUGAGAGGAUAUCGGAACCUCUGCCAUAGAGAGAAGGAGAUUGAUCUGAUUUUAUGUGUAGUUUAUGAGCAUCGUCGUUCUCAUGUUCACGAAAUACUAAUUUACGAUACC